AUGGCCAGCAGAGUAGCAAGUGCAAAAUAUCUGAGUACAUCUGCUGCCCGUCACAUACAUUGUUACUCCAAACUUUCUCUUUCGGCUCCGAUAUCACCCUACCGAUCCACGGUUCCUUUCCUCCUGACUCUGCAAACCAGAAGUGCCGCAAAUUUCGUCGGUGCGAGUAGCAAAAGGGCACCUGCAGCGCGAGGUUUCUGUGUUUGCAAUUCUCGAGUCCGAGCUAUAACUCAAUCGCUGUCUGGAUCGAAGAGGGUCUUCUCAAGCACAGCGGCAGUCAUGGGUGCGACCAAAAUCGAUGGGAAGGCGAUUGCCCAGAAGAUCAGGGAACGUCUGGGCGACGAGGUCAAGGAGAGACAAAAGGUCAAUCCUAGGUAUAAGCCAUGUUUGAAGAUAAUCCAGGUGGGAGACCGGCCGGACUCUACGACGUAUGUGCGGAUGAAGUUGAAGGCUGCAGAAGAAGCUGGAAUUGACUGCGCCCUGGUCCACUUGCCCUCCACUAUCUCUGAGCCAGAACUGUUACAACAAAUCGAGGAGUUCAACAAUGAUCCUGCUGUCCAUGGCAUACUCAUCCAGUUACCUGUCCCCAAACACAUAUCCGAGCAUACUAUAACGUCGGCCGUACUUGAUGAGAAAGAUGUGGAUGGUUUUGGUACUAAAAACAUUGGUGAACUUGCCAAAAGAGGUGGCAAGCCGUACUUUGUUCCUUGCACACCGAAAGGAGUCAUGGUUCUCUUGCAAGAGAGUGGUGUCGAGCUCAAAGGGAAAACAGCUGUAGUCCUGGGUCGGAGCGAUAUUGUGGGCAGCCCAGUCAGCUAUCUCCUGAAGAACGCAGAUGCGACCGUCACAGUAUGCCAUUCAAGGACCAAGAACAUCAAGGAGGUUGUCCAACAAGCCGAUGUGCUUGUUGCAGCGAUUGGGCAAGCCAAUUUCGUCAAAGGUGAUUGGCUGAAGCCUGGUGCGGUGGUCGUUGACGUUGGCACAAAUUACGUUGAGGACAGUUCGAAGGCGUCUGGCCAGCGACUCGUGGGCGAUGUGGAGUUUGCGACAGCAGCCGAGGUUGCUUCUCAGAUUACUCCUGUACCUGGUGGUGUUGGCCCAAUGACAGUGGCGAUGCUCAUGCAGAAUGUGGUUGAUUCUGCCUCCGCAUAUUUCGAGAGGUUGAAGGCUCGCCAUGUUACACCCCUCCCUAUCAAGAUCCAAACGCCCGUACCAUCGGACAUUGCCAUAUCGAGAUCACAACACCCAAGGCAAAUCACCCACAUCGCUACCGAUGUUGGAAUUGCUCCACACGAGCUUGAGCCCUACGGUGCCUAUAAGGCAAAGGUUGAUCUUUCGCUGCUCUCGAGACUGGAACACCGUAAGAACGGCAAGUACAUCCUGGUCAGUGGCAUUACACCAACGCCGCUUGGAGAAGGUAAGUCCACAACCACUAUGGGUCUCACACAGGCACUUGGAGGCCAUUUGGGCAAGAUCACGUUCGCCAAUGUUCGACAGCCGAGUAUGGGCCCGACGUUUGGUAUCAAGGGUGGUGCAGCUGGCGGUGGUUACAGUCAGGUCAUUCCUAUGGAUGAGUUCAACCUUCAUUUGACAGGAGAUAUUCAUGCCAUAACCGCCGCAAACAACCUUCUGGCGGCUGCCAUUGAUACAAGGAUGUUCCACGAAUCCACACAGAAGGAUGGUGCCCUGUACAAGCGCUUAGUGCCAAGCAAGAAGGGCAAGCGAGAGUUUGCGCCUGUCAUGUUCCGGAGACUGAAGAAGCUCGGCAUCGACAAGACCAAUCCUGAUGAUUUGACCCCAGAGGAAAUCAAUCGCUUCGCCAGGCUAGACAUUGAUCCUGAGACCAUUACAUGGAGAAGAGUUCUGGACGUCAAUGACCGAUAUCUCCGAGGCAUCACGAUCGGCCAAGCACCGACUGAGAAGGGGCACACGCGGGAGACUGCUUUUGACAUCUCCGUCGCGAGCGAGUGCAUGGCUAUCCUUGCCUUGUGCAGUGAUUUGAAGGACCUUCGCGAGCGCCUCGGACGCAUGGUGAUUGGAUUCUCAAAAGCUGGUGACCCUGUCACCUGCGACGACAUCGGCGCCGGCGGGGCUUUGACUGCCCUGAUGAGGGACGCUAUCAAACCUAACCUUAUGCAAAGCUUGGAGGGUACUCCCGUUUUUGUCCACGCUGGUCCAUUCGCAAAUAUCAGUAUCGGCAACAGCUCUGUGAUCGCUGAUAAAUUGGCGCUGAAGCUGGCCGGCACAGAGCCUGACGAGGACCACGAAUCCAAAGCCGGGUUUGUGGUUACGGAGGCCGGUUUCGAUUUCACCAUGGGUGGCGAACGAUUCUUCAACAUCAAGUGCAGGUCAUCAGGUCUCGUGCCAGACGUCGUGGUAGUUGUUGCCACUAUUCGCGCGCUGAAGGUCCAUGGUGGUGGCCCAGAGAUCUCCGCAGGCGCACCUCUGGCCGAAGCUUAUCGUACCGAAAACGUCGAAAUGCUCAGAGCCGGCUGUGUCAACCUGAAGAAGCACAUAUCUAACGCCAGAGCAUACGGUAUUCCGGUCGUGGUCGCCAUCAACAGAUUUGAGACGGACACCGAUGCCGAGCUCAAAGUCGUCGAGGAAGAAGCACUCUCCGCUGGCGCGGAAGCAGCUGUACCAGCAAACCACUGGGCCGAAGGCGGCGCUGGGGCGGUUGACUUAGCCAAGGCCGUGGUCGAAGCUUCAUCAAAACCGAAGGACUUCAAGCUCUUGUACGAUUUGGAGGGACCCGUCCAGGAGCGUAUCGAGAAGAUCGGAAAGGAAAUGUACGGUGCCGAGAAGGUCGAGUUCAGUGAACUGGCGCAGAAGAAGGUCGACAUGUACAACAAAAACGGGUUUGGAAAUUUGCCUAUAUGCAUUGCGAAGACGCAGUACAGUCUGAGUCACGAUCCUGCGUUGAAGGGUGCGCCCACUGGCUUCACAGUACCCAUUCGGGAUGUCAGGUUGGCUCUUGGAGCAGGAUAUCUUUAUGCUCUCGCCGCUGAUAUCCAAACAAUUCCUGGUCUUCCAACAGCUCCGGGUUAUCUCAACGUUGACGUGGACCCUGAGACCGGCGAGAUCGACGGUCUCUUCUAG